UACUUCAUGGAGUUGUUGAUGCCCUCCAUGUAUCCAGUUGUCUUUCUUGCAAAAGCAUCCUCUUUCCUCGCUGGGGCAGUUGGAAGAGUAUCUCCCUCCUCUCCACCCACCUCUCUCUCUCUCCCCCCUACCUCCAUUCUCUCUCCUCCACGUGCCAGCGCUAACGUUUUCAAAUCAAUUCACAGGAAUCAUCUUAAGCCUUCCCCACUUAAGAUUAGUCUCAUGCCAUUGAUCUCUCGAAUGCCCAAACGGAGAAGUAGAAAAAUAAAAAGCAGAGUUUUUACAGACGCUUUCACCAUAAGCGUCGCCAAAUUCCGAUCUUUUCCAUCCUCCAUGCUCAAAACAACCGGGUGGCGACUCCGCCGCCUAUGCCGCCGCAUCCGGUGCGCUCACCGCCGCUUUCACAGGAACAAAAUCACCAUCCGCGGCUUCACAUCCCGGUUCAAAUCCAAGCCCGCCGAAUCCGUCGGUAAAGAAUCGCUUAUCAAUCCAGCCGUUCCCGCUUUCCCCGAGCUCCCCACCCGGCCAAUCCGCAUCGCCACCUUCAACGCUUCCAUGUUCUCCAUGGCUCCCGCGGCUUCUACCCCAUCUGAGCACGAUCUUCGAUGCAAAUCGGUUAACCACCGGCCGAGAAGCAUCUUAAAGCAGCUUCCCAGCUUAACGAAGCCCAAGCUAAAAGUUUCCAUAAAUCUUCCUGACAACGAGAUUGAGAGAAAAAGCAAAGGUUUGAACUUUAGAGCUAGCAGUAGAAGGGAAAGCAGCGGAAGAAGCGUAUUGGAUGUGUUGAGAGAGGUGGGUGCAGAUAUAAUUGGGCUGCAGAAUGUGAAGGCAGAGGAGGAGAAUGAGAUGAGGCCGCUUUCAGAUUUGGCAGCCGGGUUGGGGAUGAAGUAUGUGUUUGCUGAGAGCUGGGCGCCGGAGUAUGGCAACGCUGUGCUUUCGAGGUUUCCCAUUAAGCAGUGGAGAGUUCAGAAGGUUUUUGAUGACUCUGAUUUCAGGAAUGUGAUGAAGGCCACCAUUGAAGUACCAAGAGUAGGAGAAGUAAACUUCCACUGCACUCACCUUGACCAUCUUGACGAGAACUGGAGAAUGAAGCAGAUAAACUCCAUACUUCAGCACAAUGAUGGUCCCCAUAUAUUGGCUGGAGGACUGAAUGCACUUGAUGAAACAGAUUACUCUGAAGAGAGAUGGACAGACAUAGUCAAGUACCAUAAAGAGAUUGGUAAACCAGCACCAAAGGUUGAAGUGAUGAAGUUUCUGAAAUCAAAGCAUUAUGUUGAUGCCAAGAAUUUUGCAGGAGAAUGUCAAGCUGUGGUUGUAUUGGCUAAAGGACAAAAUGUGCAAGGGACAUGCAAGUAUGGCACAAGAGUGGAUUACAUAUUGGCAUCACCAAACUCAAUAUACAAAUUUGUGCCUGGUUCUUAUGAAGUUCUCUCAUCAAAGGGCACUUCAGAUCAUCACAUUGUGAAGGUUGACAUCAUAAUUGAUAGAAGCUUAAGUGUGAAAGAUAAGAAGAGCAAACAGAGGAAGCAAAGAGAUUUGAGGAAGGAAAUGGCUAAAUCAAAAGCUUUUUGGAGAACUAAUUCAUGAUCAUUAAAAGCUACUUCUAAAGAGCUUUGUACAUUCCACUGAUAUAACUGAUAAUGUUUAUUAUUAAUGUGCUCAGAAAGAAAGAAAGAUUUUGAAAGAUAUUGUUCAUAAAAUGGAUUCUAUGGUUGUUGCAGUAA